AUGUUUAUUCCAUCAUUAUCAUCAACAAUAAUUCUUAGCUAUUGCUAUAUAUUAAUGAUAUUUUUCUUUGAAUCAUCUUGCGCUUAUGUUGUCGAUUCAAAUGAAUUAACAAAUAAUCUUAUUGAUCAACAAUUUGGAUUAAAUUCACCAUCUUAUUAUGGUCGUUAUGUUCGUACAACAAAAUUUCCACGUAUUGGUCGUUCAGUAUAUGAUAGUGAAGAAAUUCCUUCUCUUCUUGAUGCUAACACAAGUAGUGAAGAGGAUAGUGAUAAUGAAUUACGAUUAAUUGAACAACGUAGUGUUCUAUUUCCAAGAAUUGGUAAACGUGCAUUUCAUAAUUUAUUGUGGGCAAAUAGUCGAUCAAAUCCACAUCGUAUGAUAGAUGCUCAAGGCCGAUACUAUACCAAUGGUUAUGAUUAUAAUGUACAUCAAAAUCCAUCACAAUUUGUGUCCCGUUAUCGAGGCAAACGUAAUGCUGCUAUGUAA